UUGUCGACCAGAUUUUCCUGGUAGAGGAUGCUCCAAGCAUGAAAUCCCAAUCCCUAGUAAUAUUGGGGGGGGGGAGGGCUGAUAUCCCCACGUCAGAUGCCCAUUGAAUUGGGAUCUGCUCCUCACAUAGAUUGGCAAGGAAAGGAAAUUCUUCUGGUCAAAUAACAGUGAAAGUUAGAGAAGCUGAGAAGUUACGUGCAUUUUGUAAAGGUAAGAGUCAAACGAAUCACCAGCAUGAUGGGCCCAUGUUUUACUCGAAAAUUUGCUUUUCUACCCACUCCAUCCUCUCCUGAUCCUCCCCAAAUGGAAAUAAGACCUCUCCGAUUUCAAGCUUCGGCCUUUAUGUACCAUUGCCACCAUAACAGCUCCAGAUUCAAAGUUGCGCCUUUCUUGGGUAUCUCUUCUCUUUUUUUCUGUUCUCUCUCCAUUGAACUGAAGCCACCUACUGAUCGUACCAGAGCCUAUCACCGUCUUAGGCUUCUUAUGAUAUAUGUGGUAUUUACGGAGCCCUUCAAGCGAAGCAUCUCGCAAAUUGCAUUAACAUCAACUUGCAAUACCACCCUCCCCAGAACCCUAUCCAACGAAGAUAACAAUACCAAUCCCCGCGAUGCUUCGUUCUCUUCUUACCUCAGAAGUGCCAAACAGACCUUCAUACAAGAACUGACUGAAUCAGCCCGGAACCCAGCUGCGGCCUUCACCGACUCCCAAGAACCUCUCCACCAGGUAGCUUUCGGAAGAAAAAAGACAGAAGAUAGUGAAAUUGGUGUCUUCAGCGCAGAAAAAUACUUCAACGGUGGAAUGGACGAGGAGAAGCCGAGAAUUGUCGACAGAAGUCCCAGGGAGCACCUACCUAGGAAAGACGAGCGGCACAACCCAGUUGAUGUAAGCGCCAUGAGAUCCAAGCUUAAACUGGGAACUCCGAGUUCAUGCUCGGAAGCAAGUUGGAACAGCCGUAGCGCAUUACUGCCAAGUCGUUUGAGAGACCUAUCUCCAAGCAGAACAAACAAGAUACCUGGUAAAAGAUUUUUCGUGGGCCUCGGUUGUAAUUGCGCGUGCUCUGAUAAGAAGUCGGUGGAAAUUGAUGAAGACCUCGGGGGGAACAAGAAUAACUCAAGGAAUUCCAAGAACCAUCCUCAUUUUGAAGGGCUUCAUAGCAGAGGGAUCCUCACAAAACAACCCAUCAAAAUCGAUCGUGAUCCAUUCGAUUUGGUUGGAAUUAAGCAAACACGGUUCAAAGAGGAUAUGGCCUGUGAUAAGGUGGGUAGUGGGUUAACGGGGGAACAGUGUUUCUCGUUCCCAGUUUUUAAUCCCGGGGUGGGAAACCUGACCGUAAAAAGGCAGUUUGAAGAAGAGAAGGAGAAGAAAGAGAAGCCCAGAAAAUCUCUGGAGGUGUUCGGGUCCCCUAUCAUGGAAAAAGGAGGGGAUGUAAAUUUGAACCUGGGGAGAAGGUUACCCAUGUUAACUUGGGAUGCCAUUCCCAGAGCCCAGGAGACCACUGCAAAUUCCGGCAGCCGUGGACUGUACGACGAUAUGGAGAGUGAUGCGAGUUCGGACUUGUUUGAGAUCGAGAACCUUUCGAGCAAUGCCAACCCAUACCUCAUACGGCAGGCGUCAGAUACCAUGUCAAGCUGUGUUACACCCACAACAUGUUACGAGCCAAGCGAAGCAAGCGUUGACCGGGGCGUUGUCACCGCCACCGCCGGUGCUGCCAAUUUCUCGGUGGCGUUGGUGCCAGCACCACCAACUCUUACGAACCCCGACGGGAUGAUUCCUACGUCAACAAAGCCCAAGACCUUGAUGGCCAAAGAGGAGCAAAGACGGGGGGGUCAUGGGCAUGGCAUGCUGUUCGGAUGCAGGAGUCAAAAAGCAGUGGAUGUUGCAGGCGAUGCGCUCAGAAUGUCUGAGAGGGCAAGCUUUGAGACAAGAAGGCGCCACAGGUCUGAGUCCUUCACAUCAAUUUCCAGGUUUCAGGCCGAGGCCGCCAAGGUGAUGGAUCUUGAGUCUGCCCAUGCGCAACGAGCUUUUGGCACGCUCACCCGCUCUCUCUCUGCACGUGCUUCAGAUUCUUCGGACGUGAGCUAAGGGCCUAAGGCAUCAGUUGUUCAAGCCUGUGCAGUAGAGUGUUCAUGGUUCGUCUUAUUAAUGGUUAAUAAUCACAUUUGAAUAAUGCAGGGGAAUUAUGGUAAAUAUAGCUGGUGAUCCUGAUCCUAUACCUUAGCAUCUCCACAAAAGAUAAUAAUUAAGAACUUAUAUUUUCAGUUCAGCUUCAGGUUGUGUUUUUUUCUUUUUUUUUUCUCUGUAAAAUGGACAUAAAAUUUUCUCAACUGAUGCCCCUUUUACAGAGAAAACUUUGUUUUCCACUGCCUUUUAAUUUGUUUUCAUGUAAAUGGCAAGGAAAACAAAAGUUUUCAUCGUGAAAAAGGGGCAAAAUAGUUCUACCCAUUUUAUGUUUUGCAAUGAAAUUAUUUUUCCAUCA